AUGUCCGACGCCGAUAGCUUCGAGGUCGUUCAGCACGACGAUGCGCCCAAGGCCGCUGCCGCCGCUGCUGCCAACACCGGCUCUCCGAGCACCAAGUCCACCGCUUCGGCCUCUUCCUCCCUGAAGAAGCCCAGCUCGAGCUCGGGAACAACUACAACGGCCGUCCGCCGCCCUGCUGGGUCAACGUCGAGCGUCGCGAAGCCCGCUGGUACCGCAUCGACUUCCCGCGUUGCUGGCGGUCUGAGCAAGCCCCCUACCCGUCCUCCUGGCAGCACCACCAGCACGACGAGCAGCGCCACUCGCAAGGUCCCCAGCACUUCGUCCACGGCCACUCACCGCUCGCGGCCGAGUGUGUCUGCCUCUGAAGAUGAGACCAAGCGGACCAUCCGUCGCACCUCGACCGUCUCCAGCAGCGCCGCCAGCUCGCCAAGCAAGGAGAAGAGGACUUCGACCACCACCACCGGUGCUGCCACGGCUGCCGCUCGUAAACCUACCAGCUCCGUGAGCAGCUCGUCCGCCUUGAGGCCCUCGUCGACGGGGUCGCGGUCCUCCAUCAGCUCCGCUCCCCGCCCGUCCUCGACUAGCACUCGAUCAGCUACCACCGGCACUGGCGCCGUUGCCGAGGCCAAAAAGCGCCUGUCGACUGCCGCCGGCUCCGUCUCUAGCACCGCCACGAGAAGCUCAAGACCGUCCAUCCGACCGGAUUCCUCUGGCGCUUCCGAGGCCUUGACCAAGGAAAUUGAGCAGCUCAAGGCACAGCUCACCGAGAAGGAAUCGCAGCUGAAUGAGAAGGAAUCUCAACUUAUUGAACUCAAGACACAAGUACAGCAGUCACAUGAAAAGUUGGCUCAGCUAGGCGAUGCCACGAACAAAGAGGCUGCCCAGGUGCAGAGCGCGGUUGAUGAUAUCCAAAAGGCCCACCAAGACCAGGUGGCCCAUCUGCAAGCUAAGCAAACCGAGCUGGAGAACCAGGUGGAUGAGGCCAACGAACAUCUUAUCGCCACUGAUGCUGACUUCGAGAAACAGCAAAGCGAGUACAAGGAGGCAAUCGCCGCCAAGGAGGCUGCUGAGAUUGAACUCGCUUCGCUGAAGCAGUCCCUCGAGACCCUCCAAGCCGAGCACGAGGAGAAACUGAAGCAAAGCGAGUCCGCCCUCCACAAGGCCAUGGAGGAGCAUGCCAACAAGCUCGAAGAGCUGCAGACGUCCUUGACCGGCCAGCACCAAGCCGCAAUCGAAGCCCUCGAGGCCAAGCAUGCCGAGGAGACCAGCCAGGGCAAGACUGCCUCUGCCGACCAGGAAGAAUCCCUGGCCAAGAUGAAGGCUAGCCACGAGGAUGCCAUCACCGAGCUGCAGAAGAAGAUUGAUGAACUCACAUCAUCGCAGAACGAGCUCGAAGUCGCCCACGAGAGCAAGGUGAACGCCGAGUUGGAGUCUCACAAGACUAAGCUCGCCGCCGUUGAGGGCGAGAUUGCUGAGCUUAAGGCUAAGCUCGAAGCUGCCGAGCAGGCCGCGGAGCAGGCCAAGGCCGACCUCGAUGCUAAGACGGCCGAGCUGGCUGCUGUCCAGGCUACCGUUGCCGAGGUUGAGUCUAAGCUCGCCGCUACCCAGGCUGAGCUCGCCCAGGCCCAGGAAGAGGCUCUGGAGUUCAAGAAGCAGAUUGACAGCAUCAAGGAGGAAAUUGCUGUCAAGGAUGAGGCUCUUGAGAAGGCCAAGGCUGAGCAUUCGGCCCAAAUCAAGAAGCAUGACGCAGAGCUCAAGCAGGUCUCGCAAGACUACGAGGAGGAGAUUGAGUCGCUCAAGGGAGACGCUUUCUUCAAGCGCAAGUUCCACGACCUUGAGGCCAAGCACAAUGAGCUCGAGGCUCAGCAUACUGAGCUCACUUCCAAGCACAGUGCACUCGAGACCCAGCACGGCGAUCUUACAAAAUCCCAGGCUGAUUCCGCCGAGAGCCAGACCAAGGCCCUCGAGGCGGCCAAGGCUGAGCUCGCCGCCGCUGUGGCCGCAUUGGAGGCUAAGGAGGCCGAGCAUCAGAAGGCCCUGGAUGCCCUUCGCGCUAGCCACGCCGAGGAGAUCGAGGGCGCCAAGAGCGGCGCUUCCGCCGACAAGGAUGCCCAGCUCGCUGAGCUCCAGAGCUUGAAGGACAGUCACGCCAAGCAGCUUGAGAUUCUCAAGAGCGAGAGCGAAUCCGGACUGGCCAAGGAAAUUGAGUCGCUCAAGGCAUCUCACGCUGAGGUUGUCGAGGCUCUGAAAGCUGAGACAUCUGGUGAGAAGGAAAAGCUGUUGGCCGAUAUUGCCAGCGAGAAGGAGAAGGCCUUGGCCCUCUCUGAGAGCGCUGGUGACAAAGAAAAGCUGAUUGCCGCCCACCAAGAGGAGCUUGCUUCUACCACAGAGAAGUUGCGAGCUGCCCAUGAGGCCGAGCUUGCAGAGGCUCGUGAGAAACUGACUGCUUCCCACGAGGCUGAACUAGCCGAUGCCAAGGAGAAGCUGUUCGCCGCUCACCAGACCGAGCUGGCCGCUGCCAAGGAGGCCGGCAACGCGCACUCUGAGGAGCUCGCCACACUGAAGGUCCAGCUUGAGGAGGCUCUCACUAGAGUUAGGGAGACCGAGACGUCGAGCGCCGCCGCCCUCGCCGAGGCUAAGCGAAGCCUCGACGACACUCACUCCGCCGAAGUCGAGAAGCUGAUCGCUGUGCACGCCGAGCAGCUGGACGCGCUGAAGCAGCAGAGUGCCUCUGGCGCACAGGCCGAGCUUGAUGAACUGAAGCAGGCUCACGCGAAGGUUGUUGCAGAGCUGACGAACCAGUACGAGACCAAGAGCGAAGCCCUUGCCGCAGAGAUCGCGAAGCAAAAGGCCGAUGCCUCCGAGCUCGAGGCUGCUCUCAAGGCGGCGAAGGAGACGGCCAUCAAGGCCGAGGCCGAGAAGGCUCAGAUUGAGCAAGAAAUCGGUGAGCUUGGCCAGGCUGUUGUGCUGGAGAAAAUGGCUCGCGCUGAGGCUGAGGCAGCUCUGGAUGCGGUCAAGAACAAGUCGCCCACGCCUCCCGAUACCUCCGUGGCGGACGGUCUUCGUGAGCAGCUCGCCAACGUCAAGAAGGGUCUCGAGGAUGAGCUUCACAUCGUCCAAAACAGCCUCACUGUUGCCAAGAAGGAAGUCGAGGAUGUCAAGGAGGACCUGGCGCUCGCCCAGAAGGAGCUCGAGGCGUCCAAACUGGAGGCUGACAAGCAGCUCAAGACUUACAAGGCCGACUACGAGGAGCUCAACGACACGAUGACCAAGAUCGUCGAGGAGGAGCAGGCCAAGCGCAGGGCUCUGGAGGAGCAGAUUGAGAGUCUGAGGAGUACCUUGACCGACAAGGAGAAGGGCGUCGAGGAGUUGCAAGCGCAACUCAAGGUGAAGGAUGCUGAGAUUGCGGAGGUCAAGGCCAACGCAGCAACCGCCAAGCCGAAGGGUCUUGCUGCUAGCAGAUUCGCCGAUGCCGACGACGACGCGAACGGCGCGUCCAAUGAGCCCGCGGAAGGUGAGGAAGAAGACCAUUCCUCCGAGGCACUGGCUGUGCUACAAAGAGCUAGAGUCAACGCGAACCAGAUACACAACAUGGACCGUGACAUGCAGGAGAAGAACCUGGCCAUGCUGGAAUCCAUCACGGACUUCCAGCAGUCGCCGCGGGUCGACAACUAA